GGUCACGUGUGUGUGUUUGGUUUGUAGCAGCGUUACCAACAGUCUUGUCAUAGAUUCUCAAAAUGGAAACAGAUUAUGCAGAACAACCCUAACCAUAGAAAGCAAGCUCCUGCACGUCAGUACCAGCGAGGAUGUUCCCCAGCCUGGCCCACAGACCCUGGCAUGUCUUCUGCAGGGUCUCCUUGCAACGCAGGGCGUCCCUGUCCCAGCGGCCCCCGAGGUUCCCCCAGCUGUGUCCCCAGCUGUGCCACGGUUGGCAAAGUGGAAGCAUACAUAGCUUGUGGUUCAGCCUUCCAGACUGCCGUGUUGCUUCUCUAGGGCUGGGCAAGGUGCAGUACUACUCUACCUCUGGAGACAGUAAAGAUGGUCCCCCAAAAUCUGCAUCAGGUGAUGCUCCUGUGGCAGAAAAGGUGUUGGCCGCUGCUGGAAAAGCUACAGAAGCAGAGGACAGUUCUGGUUCGACAGUUAAGGGGCUGACUAAAGCUGAGACAAUUCAAGUGAAAGUCCGAGCUGUCCUGAAGAAAAGGGAAUAUGGAUCCAAGUAUACUAAGAACAACUUUAUUACUGCUGUGAGAGCCAUGAAUGAGUUCUGCCUCAAACCAAGUGAUCUGGAACAACUUCGGAAGAUCAGAAGACGCAGCCCCCACGACGACACAGAGGCUUUCACUGUGUUUUUGCGGUCAGACGUGGAGGCCAAAGCUCUGGAUGUGUGGGGAAGUCAUGAAGCUCUAGCCAGAGAGAGAAAACUCAGGAAAGAGGUGGAGAGAGAGUACCAAGAGAAUAUUUUUCGGAAUCAACAGUUGUUGAAAGAAUACAAAGACUUUUGGGGAAAUACUAAGCCUCGAUCAGGCAAGAGGACAACAUUUCUGGAAGGGCCAGGAAAGGUGGUCAUGGUCGCUAUUUGCAUCAAUGGGCUGAAUUUCUUUUUCAAGCUCCUGGCUUGGGUCUACACUGGAUCAGCUAGCAUGUUCUCCGAGGCCAUCCACUCUCUGGCCGACACCUGCAAUCAGGCCCUGCUUGCUCUGGGAAUCAGCCAGUCAGUCCGCAACCCCGACCCCGGGCACCCGUAUGGCUUCUCCAACAUGCGCUACAUCGCCUCCCUCAUCAGCGGCGUGGGCAUUUUUAUGAUGGGAGCAGGCCUGUCCUGGUACCAUGGCAUUAUGGGUUUGCUGCACCCAGAGCCCAUUGAAUCUUUGUUAUGGGCCUACUGUAUUUUGGCAGGUUCUCUGGUAUCUGAAGGAGCCACAUUACUUGUAGCUGUCAAUGAGAUAAAGAAGAGUGCCCAGCUGCAAGGAGUCUCUUUUUAUGAGUACGUGAUGCAGAGUCGAGACCCCAGCACUAAUGUCGUACUGCUGGAGGAUGCUGCUGCUGUACUUGGAGUAAUUAUGGCUGCCAGCUGCAUGGGGCUUACCUCACUGACAGGUAACCCGUACUAUGACAGCCUGGGCUCCCUGGGCGUGGGCACGUUGCUGGGCACCGUCUCAGCCUUCCUCAUUUACACAAACACAGAGGCCCUGCUGGGACGCUCUAUACAGGCCGAACGUGUUCAGAAGCUCACAGAGUUCCUGGAGAGCGACCCUGCUGUAAGGGCCAUCCAUGACGUGAAGGCCACUGAUUUGGGUCUGAGUAAAGUGCGCUUCAAGGCUGAAGUUGACUUCGAUGGUCGAGUGGUGACACGGUCUUAUCUGGAAAAACAAGACAUUGACCAAAUUCUCAAUGACAUUCAGCAGGUGAAGACCCCCGAGGAGCUGGAGAACUUUAUGCUGAAACAUGGAGAGAACAUCAUUGACACCCUGGGGGCUGAGGUGGACCGCUUGGAGAAAGAACUCAAGCAACGUAACCCAGAGGUUCGUCACGUGGACUUGGAGAUACUAUAAUACGUGCUGGGUCUCUGCUGAAGGAAACACCCGGCUGUAACAAGUCUACAAGAAGAAAAGGUGAAAAGAUGGCCAAGCCUGCCUCCGCUAUCUGCCUCCCAUUCUGACCACCACAAAACAAACCUCCGUCUCUACCCGAGUCAUCAAGUCUUAUUGUAGAAUAGCCCAAAUCCAUAUACAAGGACAAUGUUGGGGCAAUAUUUGUGCUUUGUUUGAGUUGCUUGAACUUCGUCGUGAAUUAGUGGUACCGAGACUUCACACUUUAAUGUGAGUUUCUGGUAAAAAAAGACUGUCAUUAAUCCUUGAAUUUCAAGUUGAAUCCUGUUGCAGUUCAAACACAGGUAUGACAGUUUAGUCUGGUUUUUGGCUUGUAUUCAUUCCUCCAUGUGUUUGGGUUUGGUUGAAAUUAUGACUCUUUCAAAAAAUCAAGAACAGGACCAGUAUCAGUUAACAGACUUGUACUUAACUUUAAUGUUAUGCUUGAACCACAGUGAUAGUGUUUCCUUCAUUAGUACAAAGGAAACCUGAGAACUACAUAUUCAAACAAGACUUAUUUAAUUGCUAGAAAAUAUAUUCGUUUUUCUUUCUUUUAAUGUAAAAACUGAGGAACUGAAGAUGGUACAACGCCGCUAAAGAAGACAGAAUUUGUGAUGAAUAGAUUUUUAUUGAGAAUAUUGGAAAAAUACGCAAAAAUAUGUUAAGACUUUUCAUUUGAUUUAUAAGAUAGAGUGAACUUAUGUUGAAGAGAGUAGUACUUAAUGAGCAUCAGCUUAUGCAAAAGCAUAUUAGAAAACAGGUUGUUACAACAUUAACAAAUGUAUUAAUUAACCAUUUAUUAGGAAUGUUAAUCUUUACAGAAGGUUAAAUGAUAAAACACCGUUCCAAGCCAAGACAUGACAUUGUAGGCAGUGGCAUCUCUCUCUUUGCCGGCUCCAAAAUUUCUUUUUACUCUCAAAUUUUAGGUUUAGUAACUUAAUCUCGUGAGGUUGGCAGCUGACUGCCAACAGAUGACUGAUUGUACUGUUCCAAAGAUGAAACACUGGGGAGGGAUGAAAAUGUCCUCGCCCCUUUUCCCACCCAGUGUGAAUAAGUUCUCCGUGAUGACACAGUGCGUCAGACGAAUGGACGAGCUCUGUAUCGUUCAGGUUUCAUCUAGUGUUAAUGGCCGUAAACAUGGAAAUGUCGUUGUUUUAAUAACUCAAAAUGUAACCCCGUGUACAGUAUGUGUACCAAUUAUCAAGAUCUCCUACUAUAAAACAUACAUCGACUGUGUUUUUACUUUGAACUCUGUAUUUACUGUCACAGCACACAGUUACAGCUGCAGCAUGGGACACACCUGCUCACUAACCAAGUUAACCUUCUUAUUCUGCUUCAGGAGGUGGGUGGGCCAGAUUAAUUUCAUCUGUGUUGGGAGGGUGAAUAUAUAUAUUUUUGAAGGUGUUAAUAGUGUAAUAUUUCCCUUUGGUUAUUAUGAUGUUGCCACUGCUGAAGGAGUUGGAAUAAAUUUGAAAUAAUUUAUUAAAUUAUUUUGCUUUCCUUUUCUGUCA